AUGAGCACAGUGGUCAACACCUACAUCGCCCCGAUGGAUUACUCCUACUCGCGGCACUCCAACCUCGCGGGCGCGCCCCUGCCCCGCAUCCCCCGCAGGCCCUCUGCGUCCAGCAAUCCUCGUCGUUCACCCCCGACGCCCCCACGCCCCGAGGCCAAGUCCGCCAACCCAGACGAGGCCUCCAGUUCGUCCAGCGGCUCCGACUCCAACUUUGUCCACAUCCAGCCCCGCCAGAAGCGCGUCCGCGCCCCCAGGGUCCACCCCUUACGUUCACCCGAGGAGUCCACUCCCACGCCCGCCGUCCUUCACGCAAAGGCCCAGCAGGCGCAGAAGGGUGUCGCGUUCCCGGUGUCAUCUGACGGUCCCUCCCAUGACGAGACGACGCCUCGUGCUUCAUCCGCCUCCCGGCAUAACCUUCACAUCGUCCUCGAUACCCUCCGCCCGAAGCUCCCAGCGGCCUCUUCGUCCACCCUCGGGACCCCUCGUGUCGAUGGCCCGCGGAUAGUGUCUGCUCCCCAGCCUGGCGACGCCAGCGUGUCUCGCGAUAAGACUGGCCGGCCACUCAAGUCCUCCCUCAAGUCUCGGAGACCCGCCGUCCGCGGCGACCUUUCAGUCGUCACCGGUCACCCCAUCACCAAGAGCGAGCCCGCGACCCCGUCGACGAGCAAGAGCGUCCACUUCGACGCCAAGCUCGAGCACGUCAAGCUCUUCCUCGCGGAGCAGAAGCCGCUUGCGAUCUCGCGCGAGGGAUCGCCUACGGACACCAGUGCGUCGGAGAGCGACUUCCCUGGCUCCAUCUACGGGAAGAAGGGCAAGGAUGAGAGUACCCUCACCAUGCGCGUCACCAACAUGCCGGUGGUACCCCGCGCGGACGCUGAUCUCGCUCUCGAGGGCCUCACCCUCGACGCCGACAACGCGCAGCUCGUGGGCCGCAUCCGCGUGCGCAACAUCGCGUUCGAGAAGUGGGUCGCCGUCCGCUUCACGGUCGACGACUGGCAGACGACGAGCGAAGUCACCGCGAAGUACCUCGACUCGAUACCCGGCGGCGUCUUCGACCGCUUCUCGUUCACGAUCCGGCUCGGGGACAUGCUCGCGCGCAUCGAGGAGAAGAAGAUGUUCUUCGCCAUCCGCUACAACGUCCUCGGCCGCGAGGUCUGGGACAACAACGCGGGCGCGAACUACCACGUCGUCUUCUCCAAGCUCGCGCGCCCGCGCCCGGCCACCCCGUCCGAGACGCCCCUCGGGUCCCUGAAGACGAAGCUCGAGGACGUCGCCAAGGGCUCCUCCGGCUCCGAGACCGUCGGCGCCUUCAUGGCCAAGGCGGCGCCGUUCACCCUCGGGGCCUCCACCUCGCUCUCCUCCCGCGCCCUGGCCGCGCUCGACCCCGCCCGCGGCGGCGGACACGCCCACGAAGCCCGCGCACACCCGCACGUCCACGUACCCGAACCCCACGUUCGGCCGGCGCGGCAAGACCCCUCGUUGGACGACGCCGCCCCGGCCACCCCCGCACGGAACCAGGCGCUCGCACGCGGGUCCCCGCGCGCGCUCGAAUCGAGCCCGUUCGAGCGCUCGCCGGUCCCGGUGCCGGCGUUCGCGGACGAGGAAGCGCUCGAGGACACGCCCGUGGCGGGGAUGGCGCGCCGCCGCAACCACGCGCGCGGGUACUUUGACCUCGGGCUCGCGCCGUCGGGGAGCGCGGUGAAGAUGACGCCGCCGACGUCGCCGGGCGAGGCGCUGCCGCCGACGCCGACGCGCGGGCUCUGGGUGCCGCCGCCGCCGGUGGACAGCGCGGAGAGCACGCCGAGCGUGUCGAGCGACAGCAACUGCAGCUCGGCGUCGUCGAGCCCGACGGAGGAGCUCGGGUUCGGGUUCGGGGCGCAGAGCCCGGUCGGCCCGAGCGACAGCUACAGCUCUUUCCUGGACAAGUACUGCUACUACACCGGCGGCAGCGAGUCGAUGCUGGACGCCCUCGGCCAGGACCCGAUCCAGCGCUCGCACUCGGCGUCGAGCGUCGAGGAGCUCCUGUCGAUGUCCCCAGCGCGAGCUACAUGCUCUCGCCCGGGCAGACGCCGACGCGCUCGAGCAGCGCCGACGACGUCGUGGGCAUGCGCAGCGGGUCGACGACGCCGACGGCGUGCACGCCCGUGCCCGGCUUCGCCGUCGCGGCGGGACGCCCCGAUCGCUGCGGCGUAG